GCCAGCAAGAUAGCAUCUUUCACUCCGCUCAUGUUUGCGCAAAUUAGCAGCAGCCAAGAAUUAUCCGUGCCCCCAAAUCAAUUGCUGCUGAAUGGGAAGGCGUCAUCGAACCCAGUCCUUUACAAUGGUAGUGACCGCCCAGCACUGAAACCUCAGUAUGGAUAUCCUGUUUCUGUUCUCCGAAUCUUGAUUCCUUGCCAGAGAAAACAGUAAGCAUGAGUAUUAAUGGCAGUCAGGAAUUGUCUGUUCCCCCAAAUCAAUUCUCACUAAAUGGGAAGAUGUCACAGAACCCAGUCAUUUACAAUGAUAGAUAUCCUGCUUCUGUUCUCCCAAAUCUUAGUUCCUUCCCGGAGAACACAAUAAACAUGGAUGCGAGCAAGGUGAUGCCUUCCACCCCUAUGAUUGUGGAGAAGAAAAAAAACUUCUCAAGAUCGCCUCCCUAGGGAAGUCAUAGAUUUGGUAAAUGAAACAGUCAAUAAGGAGGAUAUGCAGGAGAUAGGGAAAUGGCAACCUCUUGUAGGGAAGCAGGCAGAACUAUGCUUCUCACAGCCUGUAAUGUCAUAUACUUCGGAGCAUUUAGUGCCAUCACAAAUAGCAUCUUUCCAACAAACGGUUGACAGGGGAGUUGUGCAUGAGGAAAAUGCGAAUUGGCAAUCCCCAACACAAAAGCAGAUUCCAUGCUUCUUAAAGCCUAGAGUGAAAUCUUCACCUGUGCCUGCAGUGCCAUCUCAGACAGGUUUUCUUUGGAGCCUACAGUACCAUCUUCUUUGGAGCAUGUAAUGACAUCACAUACAAUUUCUUCCCUGCAACAAAGAGUCGUGAAGGAAGAUAUGCAGGACAAGGAGGUUCAGAAAUGGCAGCCUCCAGUGCAGAACCAGAUGGAGCUUUGUUUUUUGAAGUCUGUAGGUACAUCUUCUUCAGAGCCCAAACUGCCAUCUCAGGUAGCUCCAUCCCAACAAAAGCAAAGUGAAGUCAAUGCAAUUAUAUCAUCUGAGGAAGCCCCUGCCCAAGAACUGGAUGCUCAGAAACAUAGUGAGAGAGAAAAUCAGGGAAUAGACUUGAACAAGAAACCGCAGCAGAAGCCUAAAAGGAAGAAGCACAGGCCCAAGGUUAUUCGAGAGGCCAGAACACCAAAGCCAGUAACUCCCAAGCCUCGGCCCCCUAAGCGAGCCAAGAAUAAAGAAGAAAACCCAUCGGGUAAGAGGAAGUAUGUCCGAAAGAGCAGGGUCCAAAACUCUAUGGAUAACCCCACAGGUGCUUUAGGCGAAAUUGCUCAUCUGGUCAAUAUAAGCAGGACUAAAUCUGUCAGACGGUGUUUGAACUUUGAUUCAGAAGAUUUGCAAGCAAGAGAUGGCUGUGUAGGAUCAGCAUCAGCAUUUACAUGCAAUGCCAAAUCUCAAGCUCAAGAGAAAUGUGUUGCAGGGCCUACUAUGACCUCAAGCACAGAAUCAACUGUACAUUCUCAAGGACCGGAAGCAGUGCUGGGCAACUCUCAAACGGGAACCCCAUUUGAUCUCAACAGUUCAACGAAUCAAAUGCCGAAUCAGCAUGCAAACUUGGCUGAAAACCCAACACCACUUCUUCAACCCUGUAGAAGAGAGAUGAUGGGGACAAAUGAAAUGCUGGAUGGUUAUAGAAUAAUGCCAGAAAACAGGACCAUAUCUCCUCGGCCUUCUAAAAGAGAUUUGAUUAGAGAAAGUCCACACGAAUUGGCUAGGAAGAAUGAGUACCUGAAUAUUUCUGCCAACCAUGAGAGGUCUCAAGAAACUGGUCAGAGCAAGCCCGAUUCACAUAAAAAAAUCUCGGAUGUGAUAAUGAAAAGAACAAAAAGAGACCUUAACUAUGUUGAUAAUCCUCAGUUUUCAGCAAGUAUAAAUUUCACACAUGCCAAUAACGGGAUGGACUGGGUUAGUGAAUGUCAUGAUAAAGGCAGGAACAACCCUUACUUUUCUGAGAAUUGCAAAAAAAGGAGAAUAGAGAAUGAGCAAAGUGGACAGAACAGAUUCACAAGCAGUGCUUCCUCCAUGACACAUAUGCCCCUGAAUAAUUGGAGAAUAAAUCAGGUGAUGCCAAAUAAUUCUGAAGUCUUUAUUUUUGCUGAUGCACAAAGGUUGAUUGCCCUCGAUAAACAGCAAGCUUCAGAGUGCAUGCUGUCAUUUGAUCGAUCAGAAAGCAACAUUAGAUCAACAGCAUCAGUUCAGGCCCAUAAUUUAAACAUUUUGCUCAGCCAACUGCACCGGCUUCAGGAAAUUCAAGAAAGAAAAAAUUCAUUUCUCCAACCCAGUCACAUUCAUGACUGCCAAAGCAGCAGCAAUUUCAAUGAAUCAGUUAAUGGCAGUGGAAUCUUAGGAGCAGUAGUACCACAUGGCAAUCCUUUAGAUGAUAUCAUUCAGAAGCUGAAAUGUCUAAAUAUAAACAGGGGCCGUGAUGGUGCUACAACUCAAGCACAAAACGCUCUCAUUCCUUAUGAUGGAAGAGGUGGUGUAAUCGUUCCAUAUGAGGGCCUGCUCAAUCUUGCUAGGAAACGUCGCUCUCGGGCCAAAGUUGAUCUGGAUUCAGAGACAAAUAGGGUAUGGAAGCUUUUGAUGGGAAAGGAAGGCCGCGAUGAGGGAACAGAUAUGGAUAAAGAGAAGUGGUGGGAAGAAGAAAGGCGAGUUUUCUGUGGACGUGUAGACUCAUUCAUUGCCCGGAUGCAUCUUGUUCAAGGCGACAGACGCUUCUCUCAAUGGAAAGGAUCUGUUGUAGACUCAGUUGUUGGUGUCUUUCUUACUCAGAAUGUUUCAGACCAUCUUUCAAGUUCUGCCUUCAUGGCUCUUGCUGCAAAAUUUCCUUUAAAGUCAAGGGCCAAUAAUUGGAGGUCGGAUGCAGAAAAAAUGAACACUUCUGAAGAGCAGCAAGAAAGAUGCAUUAAUGCUUCUGAAAAUGCCACUAAGUGGCAGGAAAACAUGUUAUAUAAAGAAUCAUAUGACCGAGAUUCUGUAUUGAUUAUUGGAGAAAAAGAAAGGGCUAGCGGUAAUGAAUCAUAUGGGAGCAAUAAAGGAGGUGCUACAGCGGACUAUUCAAAAGGAAAAUGUUGGAAUGCACAUCAAAGAGAGCUAGAACAUGGUCAUGAAUCGUCUGAUAGCAGGAGAGGCAUUCCAGCUAUAGUGAAAGGAAAUACAAGUUUCGCAGAACUCAAAGAGAAAAGGUUAGUGGAGGAUGUAGCUCCAUCCCAAAACUCUGUUAUUUCAUCUCAAUACUAUUCAGAAUACCAAAUUCAGACAGCUGAUCUGAAUGGAUCAAGCUCAUUGUCCAACUUUGAAGCAGAAGAAUUGGUAAUUGGGAGUAUGUGCAACGGUAUGGACAGUUCAACUUCAUUUACUGAGCUUCUACAGAUAGCAGAACUUGGAAGUCAUGGUAAUGAAAGGAUUCUCUCAACAGAUUCCCUCAACAGGCUUGCACGAUUGGAUGUUGACAAGAGAAAAACAGUCUUGGAUCGAUCUGAAAAACUGGAAGGUGCAUGUCCAUCAGUUGACACAUCUGAUUCUUAUUUCCAUAAAUCAGAGUGCGACUUUAUGGGGGCGUCAUGUGCUCCUUUCAUGCUUUAUAAUUUUAAUAAUUUCACAAAUUCUGGAUUGGUGGGAAUGCAUAAUGCCAAAAUAGUAAGGCGUGAGAGCAGAUCUCAUCAAUCCUCAACUGCUUCUGGGAUAACCAACACAAAUAAUUUCAACUCGGAUUGUGGUCCCUCUGCAAACAAUGCAAUUGAAGCUAUAAGUCAGAAGUUGAUAAUAACUUCUGAAACAGUACCUGCAGUUAAUUCAUAUGCACAAAUAAGCAAGCAACUUGUGCAACCAUUAACCAGCUUAGAAACAGCAGAUUGCAUUGGAAAGUGCUCUAAUAACAAUGCCCCAAGGGAGAGAACUGGGGCCUCAUUAGGUAAAUCAGUUUUCCACGAAUGCUUGUCUUUGCAAGAUGAGUCUAUUCAGAACUUGCAGCAAAAAGAAAAAGAAGCAAACUUCGAAGUUGAAAACACUCAAAAUGCAGAGAAAGUUCUACUAUGUCAGAAGCAGAAUUCUCGGAAUCAGCAAACCUCUCCAGACUUACAGAACAAUCAAAGGAAAGCAUUGGAAGUUGCAGAGGGAGUUGAAUCAAAUUUUAAAAAUGAAAACCAUAAUUCCCAAAAGGUUUCAUCUGACACAGAAAAUAAUGGAAUAAAAGCAAAGAAGAAAAAGGUUGAGAGUGAAAAAAAGAAGACCUAUGACUGGGAUAGCUUGCGAAAAGAGGCAUAUAACAAAGGUGCCAAUCAAGAGAGAAGCCAUGAGACAAUGGACUCACUUGACUGGGAAGCAGUAAAGUGUGCAGAUGUAAAUGAGAUAUCUGAAACUAUUAGAGAGCGUGGAAUGAACAACAUGCUGGCAGAGCGGAUUAAGGAAUUUCUCAUCCGACUGGUUAGAGAUCAUGGAAGCAUCAACCUUGAAUGGUUAAGAGACGUUAAACCAGAAAAAGCAAAGGACUACCUCCUAAGUAUACGGGGAUUGGGACUGAAAAGUGUGGAAUGUGUUCGCCUUUUGACGCUUCAUCAUCUAGCUUUUCCAGUUGACACAAAUGUUGGCCGCAUAUGUGUAAGACUGGGAUGGGUACCAAUUCAGCCCCUUCCCGAGUCCCUUCAGUUACAUCUUUUAGAGCUGUAUCCUAUUUUGGAGACCAUUCAGAAGUAUCUCUGGCCUCGGCUAUGUAAGCUUGACCAGCGGACAUUAUAUGAGCUCCAUUAUCAAAUGAUUACCUUUGGAAAGGUUUUCUGUACCAAAAGCAAGCCAAAUUGUAAUGCAUGCCCAAUGAGAGGAGAGUGCAAACACUUUGCAAGUGCCUUUGCCAGUGCAAGGCUUGCACUUCCGGGACUGGAAGAGAAAAGUUUAGUGAGUUCAACAAUUCCAGUUGCUUCUGAGAAUGGUUGUACACCUGCUUACAACCUAGAACCCCUACCUCAACUUGAGGGGAGCACAUUCUCACAAGAAAGAACUAUUUUUAAUAAUUGCGAGCCCAUCAUUGAAGAACCAGCCACACCAGAAGCUGAAUGCCUAGAAACCGAAGAAAGUGCAAUUGAAGAUGCCUUUUUUGAAGAGCCUGAUGAAAUUCCUACUAUUAAGCUCAAUCUUGAAGAGUUUGCACAAAAUUUACAGAAUUAUAUGCAUGCAAACAAUAUGGAUAUUCAAGAUGGCGAUAUGUCAAAAGCUUUAGUUGCUAUAACACCUGAAGCUGCUUCCAUUCCCAUGCCGAGACUUAAGAAUGUGAGCCGCCUACGGACAGAACAUCAAGUCUAUGAACUUCCAGAUUCACACCCUCUCUUGGAAGGAUUGGACACAAGAGAGCCUGAUGAUCCUUGUUUCUAUCUUCUGGCCAUAUGGACUCCAGGUGAAACUGCACAAUCUACUGAGCCACCUAAGGCAUUCUGCAACUCCCAAGAAACGGGCAAACUAUGCGACAGGAAAACAUGUUUUGCUUGCAAUAGUAUACGAGAAGCACAAGCUCAAACUGUCAGAGGCACACUUUUGAUUCCAUGUCGAACAGCAAUGAGAGGAAGUUUUCCACUCAACGGCACCUAUUUUCAAGUUAACGAGGUAUUUGCAGAUCAUGAUACUAGCCGCAACCCAAUUGAUGUUCCUAGGGAAUGGAUAUGGAGCCUGCCUAGACGAACAGUAUAUUGUGGAACCUCGAUACCAACUAUAUUUAGAGGUCUAACAACUGAAGAAAUACAGCAAUGCUUUUGGAGAGGGUUUGUUUGUGUGAGGGGAUUUGACCGGACAACAAGGGCACCGAAGCCCCUUUAUGCAAGAUUGCACCUUCCAGCAAGCAAGGCACCUAAGAAUAGAAGGGCAGCGGCAGCCGCAGCAAAAGAAGACGAGCAGCCCCAUGCGGAAAAACAGCCAACGAUCGAUCACCUGAAGCAUGGACACCUGAGACAAAAUGUAUCUAUGGCACCUCUCUAGUCUCUAACCUACCGAUCGUCACAAAUGCAGGCUGGUUGGAAAAGCUGAUGCUAAUCUGUAACAUGAUUUAUUAUUUUUUUUCAUUUCAUGCUCGAAAAUGGGCUAUUCUUCCUGGAAGUCGGAAAAAAAAAAAAGCAUAACAGGUGGACAGAUUUGUUGUUUCACCAUCCUUCCCAUUCAGUAUAAACGAAGAUCCGACCAUUUGAAUUUGUACCGUAUGGAUCAAUUUUCAGUUGCCAUUCAUGAAAUUGAUGAGAGGCAUUGCACAAUGGUCAUCAUACAACAAUUUGUCAGCUGAGACAAUAUUUGAUUGCUUCAUGAACAGGAACUUCAACUCCUCUUGACUUC